UUCAAUUUCAGAACUAUUUCACGCUGGGAAGAUUUUUUACAGCAUGAUGUCACAAUCAGAACUAUUCCACGCUGGGAAGAUUUUUUUACAGCAUGAUGUCACAAUCAGAACUAUUCCACACUGGGAAGAUUUUUUUACAGCAUGAUGUCACAAUCAGAACUAUUCCACGCUGGGAAGAUUUUUUUACAGCAUGAUGUCACAAUCAGAACUAUUCCACACUGGGAAGAUUUUUUUACAGCAUGAUGUCACAAUCAGAACUAUUCCACGCUGGGAAGAUUUUUUUACAGCAUGAUGUCACAAUCAGAACUAUUCCACACUGGGAAGAUUUUUUUACAGCAUGAUGUCACAAUCAGAACUAUUCCACACUGGGAAGAUUUUUUUACAGCAUGACGUCACAAUCAGAACUAUUCCACGCUGGGAAGAUUUUUUUACAGCAUGAUGUCACAAUCAGAACUAUUCCACACUGGGAAGAUUUUUUUACAGCAUGAUGUCACAAUCAGAACUAUUCCACGCUGGGAAGAUUUUUUUACAGCAUGACGUCACAAUCAGAACUAUUCCACGCUGGGAAGAUUUUUUACAGCAUGACGUCACAAUCAGAACUAUUCCACACUGGGAAGAUUUUUUACAGCAUGACGUCACAAUCAGAACUAUUCCACGCUGGGAAGAUUUUUUACAGCAUGAUGUCACAAUCAGAACUAUUCCACGCUGGGAAGAUUUUUUACAUCACCCAGCAUGCCCAACCCAUUCAGGGUUUUACGUGAUUAGGACACAUCCCAAAUGCCAAGCGUGGUAUAACACUAACCUUGCCAUAUUGUGCGCCUCCUGCAGUCAGUGUGAUUAUACUAUAGCCAUAGUCACACUACUGCAUCUUAAAUUGCCUCAGCAUCAGAUCUACCCAGAUACCAUAGUUACUUGGGAUUCCAAUAUCUAGAGUUAAUCUAGGUUAUUCAUUCAGAAAGCCAUCUCUCUGAGAUUACAUCAAUUAUACUAGCACAGUCAAAACAUAUGUACACAGAAUAACAAAAACAUGUACCAGGGUUCACAAUAAUCACAUGGUCAUCAUUAUCGAUUGGGGGAAAAAGUGCAAGACAUGAGAAUUGUAUGACACUAGUACAAGUGUACAGUCUUUUUCCUUUUCCUAAAGUAGACAUUGACUAACCUAUAUCAGGGGUACUAAACUCUUACCCUACGAGGUCCGGAGCCUGCUGGUUUUCUGUUCUACCUGAUAAUCAAUUGCAUACCCCUGGUGUCCCAGGUCUAAAUCAGUCCCUGAUUAGAGGGAAAGAAUGAAAAAAUGCAGUGGAAUCAACUUUGAGACGGAGAAAAUGGACUCCAGAUGUCUUUAUGUGUCUUGUGUGACAGUCGAAGGUGUUGAAUACUCCAUGCUGUGUCGCUACAGCCGAGGGCUUUAUGAGGCUGCUGAACGGUGGUAAUCUAAUGAUGAUAUCUGUGUGUUUGCUCGCUCCCACUCCUCAGGAUGUCGUCCUACUCUGAUGCUGAUAAUCAGUGUCAACCGGGGGACACCAUCUGUGAGAUCACAGUGUACAAACAGGAAGUCAUCAUCGUGCCCAUCCUGCUCCUUGCGAGCUUCCUGGUCACUCUGCUAAUCGUUCUCCUGAUGAGGUGCUGCCCUGGAAAGGGAAUCCGCGGACGACCCAGCGUAAUCGUAGCCCGACCACACAGUACCAGAAGGUUGAGCAGACACACACAGAGGCAAAGUGCCAGACAGAACCUACAGGGCAUUGAGGCUCCUCCUGAGCUGAACCCACUGGAGCAUGAGGUGUUACCGAUGAGCACUCCGACCCGGCGUGACGCCCCAGACACCUUUUCUGCAGUACCGGAGAUGCCCAGAGAGGGGCAGCAUGGCUCUUUCAACCUAGUCACUCCGCUGCCCCUGUCCUUCUUUGUCAAACCGAACGACUCUGUCACCCUCUACCGGGCAAGGAUGGACAACAGAGAUGUGAUUCUACGGACACUUAAAGAGACAGCUGAUGCCAGCGAGCGCCAGUCCUUCCUGGGCUUUGCCUCCUUCCUGUCUGAGCUGGGGACCCACUCCUUCCUGCCUUGUCUGAUAGGCGUGCUCUCCCUACGUACCCCCCACAUCACCGUGAUGGAGGAACUGGAGCACAGGGACCUGCUGGGGUUCCUAUGGAGGUGUCGGCAGGACACAGGUGGGGAGUCCCCAUGCGACAUCACAGAGAAGCGUAUCUUCACCAUGGGAGGACAAGUGGCUUCUGCUCUGGAAUACCUGCAUGGUCAGAGCUGUAUCCAUGGCAACGUCGGAGCUCGGAGCGUGUUGGUUGGCAGAGACCUGACGGCUAAACUGUGGGGAUUGGGUCCAGCAUACCGCAGGAAAACACAAGCAGGAACUCCAGGAGAGCUGGAGAACACUGAGACGAGGAAGUGGCAGGCUCCAGAAGUAUUGGCCAGGAGACUUGUCAGUCAAAGCAGUGACGUCUGGUCUUUUGGUAUCCUGCUCCAUGAAAUGGUGACACUCGGUGACCCACCAUUCCCUAAAGUCAUGGCCGGUGAUCUUCUCCAAUACCUCCAGAGAGGAAAGACCCAGAAGAGACCAGCUAAUUGUUCUAACUCACUGUAUUCCAUAAUCAAGUCCUGUGGCCAGUUCGCUCCACACGAGCGCCCUGCAUUGGCUGAGGUGAUCCGGAAGCUUCAAUCAGGAGAGAAGAGUGCCAACAAUAGGCCAGUUCUUCGAGUGCCUGGGCCACUGGACAUUGAGAAGUACCUGCAUGAGGCGGGAUAUGGAGAGGCCCACAAUUACACUGUUCUCUGAUUGGCUCCUGGGCUUCUUGUUUAAAUCAAGGUCUUAAAUUCAGUGUCGCUUUUUCACAUUAUCGUGAAGACUGCUGGAAGAGCGUUUCAAAUGUCAAAAUACCAGAUCUGGUUUUUCUUUAGGUGCCAUACUAUCCUCAACACAAUGUGAGAGACUGAAGAAACACUCAGGUAUCAGAACAUAACUAUACUGAAAAAAAUAUAUAAACGCAACAUGCUACAAUUUCAACCAUUUUACUGAGUUACAGUUCAUAUAAGGAAAUCAGUCUAUUGAAAUUAAUUAAUUAGGCCCUAAUCUAUGGAUUUCACAUCACUUGGCAAGGGGCACAGCCAUGGAUGGGCCUGGGAGGGCAUAGGACCACCCACUAGGGAGCCAGGCCCAGCCAAUCAUAAUGAGUUUUUCCCCAUAGAAGGGCUUUAUUACAGACAGAAAUAAUCCUCAGUUUCAUCAGCUGUCUGGUCUCAGAUGAUCCCGCAGGUGAACAGGCCAGAUGUGGAGGUCCUGGGCUGGCGUGGGUACACGUGGCCUGCAGUUGUGAGGCCGUUUGGACUUACUGCCAAAUUCUCUAAAACUACAUUGGAGGUGGUUUAUGGUAGAGAAAUUAACAUUAAAUGAUCUGACAACAGCUCUGGUGGACAUUCCUGCAGUCAGCAUGCCAAUUGCACGUGCCCUUAGAACUUGAGACAUCUGUGUUGUGACAAAACUGCACAUUUAUAGUGCCAUUUUAUUGUCCCCGUCACAAGGUGCACCUGUGUAAUGAUCAUAAUGUUUAAUCAGCUUCUUGAUAUGCCACAUCUGUCAGGUGGAUGGAUUAUCUUGGAAAAUGAGAAAUGCUCACUAACAGGGAUGUAAACAAAUGUAUAUUUUUGUUCAGUGUAUAUACAAAACAACCUGCUUUUUCCAUGACAGACUGACCAGGUGAAUCCAGGUGAACGCUAUGAUCUUUGAUGUCAAUUGUUAAAUCCACUUCAAUCAGUGUAGAUGAUGGGGGAGACAAGUCAAAGAAGGUUAAAGAAGGAUGUUUAAGCCUUGAGACAAUUUAGAUAUCGAUUGUGUAUGAGUGUCAUUCAGAGGGUGAAUAGGCAAGACACAAAAUGUAAGUGCCUUUGAAUGGGGUAUCGUAGUAGGUGCUAGACGCACUGGUUUGUGUCAAGAAUGGCAAUGCUGGGCCUCCAGAGUGGCGCAGUGGUCUAAGGCACUGCAGUGUUAGCUGUGCCACUAGAGCUCCUGGUUCAAGUCCAGGCUCUGUCGCAGCCGGCCGCGACCGGGAGACCCAUGGGGCGGUGCACAAUUGGCCCAGCGUCGUCCGGGUUAGGGGAGGGUUUGGCCGGCAGGGAUGUCCUUGUCCCAUUGCACACUAGCAACUCCUGUGGUGGGCCAGGCGCAGUGCAUGCUGACACGGAUGCCAGGUGCACGGUUUUUCCUCUGACACAUUGGUGCGGCUGGCUUCCGGGUUAAGUGAGCAUUGUGUCAAGAAGCAGUGUGGCUUGGUUGGGUUGUGUUUUGGUGGACGCACGGUAAGGAAGUUGCCGUGAUGAGACAAGACUGUAACUACCAAUUGGAUACCACAAAAAAGGGGUAAAAGAUUUUUUUAAGAUUACAAAAAAAUAAAAGAACGACAAAGCUGCUGGGUUUUUCAUGCUCAACAGUUUCCCUUUGUGUAUCAAUAAUGGUCAACCCCCCAAAGGACAUCCAGCCAACUUGACACAACUGUGGGAAGCUUGGGGUCAACAUCCUUGUGGAACGCUUUCGGAACUUUGUAGAGUUAAUGACCCGACGAAUUGAGGCUGUUCUGAGGGAAAAAGGUGUGGGUGCAACUCAAUAUUAGGAAGGUGUUCCUAAUGUUUGGUAUAUUCAGUGUAUGUAUGUAUAUAUAUUUAUCCACUGUCUAUAUACUGAAUAUCUAUGUGGCUCCAACAGAAAACCAAAUGAACCUUCCCUGCAGGCUACAAUGCCGGUGUCUUCCAAAGCCCUACUUGGGUCUCUAUCCCACACUAGCAGAUAUAUAAUUCUACUUGUAAACUGUGGCCACUCACACUUUAUCCGUUUAAACAACCACUGUGCCAUCAGUCUGCCAUUUAAUCAAAUAUAAAUUUCUCAUCAUAAAAUCUAGCCCAGCAGGGAAGGUUAGUUAAAGGGAAAAAUCCACCAAAACAAUCUUUUGGUAUUUUCCCCUCCCCCAUUAGUCCACAUUUAAUACAGUCCCAAUAUGUUUUGCAUGUCAGCAGUUUCGAAGAUAUUAAAGUGUCACCAGCCACAUCCUCAUGAUGAUGUAUCGUACAUGUAUAUCACUUGAUUUUCCCUUUAAGGUAUGUCGUACCACAAAGCAAAGUGAUCCUUUAUUUUCUUAGUUGAGCUGGGAUCCCUGCCUAACAAAUAUGCCUUAACAAACUCAGAAGUCUUAACCAGCCAUAGGACUGUCACGUAAAGAGCACUACUAGCGAUUACACAUAAGUUCAGUCUACACAACACUCAUCACUUCAGUUGCAAAAUAAAAGCACUACCACUUCUG